AUGAUCAAGUGUCGUAGAGUGACUAGUUCAGACUCAAAAUGGGCAGUGAGUCUCACUGUGGAUGUUGCCUUUGUUAUUCUUGAUAAGUUAUUGGAACCCAUCGACCAUGUUCAUUUUGCUGCCAUUUGCAAACUUUGGCAUUCUUUUGCAGAACACUACAAUCGUACAACACGUCGAUGGCCUAAGCUACUUCCUCCCAUGCUCAUCCUGCCCGGCGAUCAAGACCUAAUUUAUAGUCUAUCUGAAGGAAAAGUCUACCAUAAGAUUAGCCUAGCAAUGCCUCGGUUUAACUUUCGCAGAUACUAUGCAUGUGGCAACGGUUGGCUCGCUUCAAUGCAUGGUCCAAAUUCUACGAUACAUUUCCUGAACCCUUUCACAAGAGCGACCCAUGUCUUGAGAUGCAGGGGAUGGAGAUUCGGCCGGAGCACCGAGCCAAAGCAGGCCCGUAUGAGCCCCGAGCUGGAGCAGGCCCCAAAGCUUAUCUUGUUUGGGGAUCCUUCUGUUAAUGGGGGCAACAGUUUUAUGGUUGUAGCAUUUUACACCACUGAUUCCACUCUUGGUUUCAUUAGAGGAGGGCAAUCGUUUUGUAGUUCCAUAGAAACAAUGGAACAAUAUGCGAUUACUGAUGCUAUUUUCUACAAAGGUCAGGUAUACGCAGUUGACAAGAAUCUUGGAAGAAUCAUGUCGUUUGAUGUUAAAACCUGUACUUCUGGUGAUUCACUAAAGGCAAAGAUACUCAAUACUACUUAUAUGCGCUCAAGUUCUCAAUCAUAUCUUGUGGAAUCAACUAAAGGAGAGCUUUUGCACGUUCGAAGAUUUUUGAAAGUACAGAGAGAAUGGGAUCAGUUGACCAUGCCUGUGACAUUCACUUUCAAGGUUUACAAGAUGGUAUUUGAUGAUAAUGGAUAUGUUGUGCAGCAGGUUGAGUUAAAAACCCUUGGAGAUGAGACUCUGUUUGUUGGUGACAGUCAGUCAAUGUCUAUUUCGGCUUCAAGGUUCUCUUGGUGCCAACCAAACUCCAUAUAUUACACAAGUGAUUCGAUAACUGUGGAAGAUGAUUAUCGAAAUUUUAAUAGUUGUUGUCAAUGCGAUAUGGGGAUUUUCAAUUUAGAGGAGGGAACCACUACUCCUCUACAAUGUUACCCUCAGCAUUCUUCGGAAGAGUACAGAUUAAAACCUGCAACUUGGAUUCUGCCACCAAUUAAUGGUCUCUGCUAG